AUGUUGUUUAAAAAAACAAUAAUAUUAGUGCCCUUAUUUUUCAUUACAAUUUUGUCACAGUCGUGUUCUGUAAUUACUGAAAUGACAACAUCAACAGAAAUCACAAGUAGUUGUACACUAACCAAAAGCGUGAUAUUAGGGACUGACACGAAUCCCGAUGUUGUUUUACUUGUUAAAAGUAAUGCUGAAAUAAAUUUAGAUGGACAAUAUUAUUUUGGAGGGUUUGGGGAAAUAGAAUUAAUUUCAUCAUGUUCAAUUAGGACCACUGCAUACCCUAUUAAUUUUAACGAUAAUGUAACACUUGUAAUGAACAAUACUUCAUACAUCAGUAGUGUAUCUGGACUUGUUGUAUUUAAUAAUAAUUCAAAUCUGAUAAUGGUUUCAAACUCAUAUACGGAUCAAAUUCCAUCCAUUGUUGUGAAUGACGAUUCCACAAUAACUUUAAGUGAUAAUUCAAUGAUCGAUACAUCAAAUUUCAAUACUAAUGGAAAGCCAAAAGUUACUUUAAAUGGGAGUUCAAAACUCAUUGCUUCGAGUUCAAUACAAUUAAAUGGUAGUACAACACUUUUAAUAAGUGACAACACUUUUAUGUCGACACCGACCUUUUCUUUAAUAGAUAAAACAAACGUCCAAUUUAAAAAUAACGCGAUGGUGAAUAUUACUAAAUUAAAUUGUAUUUCAAAUACUGUACUUGUCAUAAAUGAUUCAUCAAUUGUUGAAUCUCAAAGUGACAUCACUCUAUUUAAUUCUUCAAAAAUAUUUCUUGAUGCAAAUGCAUUGUUGAAUACGCAAGGUAAUUUACAAAUGAAUGGUGAUGCAACACUCACAAUAAGCACAAAUUCUUCUUUUAAUUCUUCGGGUGGGUUGGAACUAUACAACAAGUCAUAUAUCACAAUAAAAGGAAAGGCUACUAUGAACACAUCAACACAAGUCAAUCUUUAUAAUACAUCAAAGUUAUUAAUUAAGGAAUACGCUGUAAUGAAUUUAAAUGAAAUGUUGUAUUUAAAUAACGAUUCAAGUGUUAUUCUCAAUGAUGAAGCUAAAAUAAAUAGCAAUUCGAGUGUUACUGCAUUGAAAUUUGUGAAAAUAAUGCUUACAAAUAAUACAUCUAUUAAUGUGAUGAAUUAUAUCAAUUUGAGUGGGAAUUCGAAAAUAACAAUGGUAAAUAGUGCACAAAUGCAUAUUUAUAAAGUAUUUAUUGGUGGUGAAAAUUCAGGUCUUAUUAUGAAAGAUGACAGUUAUGUCCAAUCAAAUACAACAUUCAGUUUGCAUAUAUUUUCAAGUUUAACACUCGAGGGAAAUGCAAAAUUAUUUGCAGUCGAGUUGUUAGAUUUUUAUCAUACUGUGACAGCCACUGUAAAUGAUAAUGCUUCCAUUAUUUCUUUGGAACAAAUUAAAUUCGGAAUAAAUGCAAUUGGGACAUUUAAAAAUAAUACAAAAAUAGAAUCACAAAAUAUAUACACUAAUGGUUAUGCAAAUUUAACUAUAAAAAACAAUGCAACUUUUACAUCUACAUCGGAAUGUAAAUUCUUUGAUAAAACAAAAAUAAAUUUUGAAGGAAAUGCAAAAGCAGUAUUAUUCUAUUUGUUGGUGUCUAAUUCAACAACUUUAUCUAUGAAAGAAUAUUCAACGAUCGAAGCAACAAACAACGUCAAUUUUGAAACAACUUCGACUAUUACAUUUGAUAAUAAUUCAAAGAUGUUUGUGAAUGGUAAUAUUAUAAUUAAGAAUAGUUCACAACUCAACAUGUAUAACUUUUCAUAUGUGUCAACAAACUCAAAUUGUUAUUUAAGUCAAAAUGCAACAAUUCGAAUUUUAAAUUAUUCUACAUUUGUUGUCAAAAAUAUAUUUGAAAUGAUUGCAGGGGUUAUUGAAUUUGGUGACGAGUCUUAUUUUAAUACAAGUCAAUUUAUACUCAAAACAAAAGGAAAAAUCUAUUUAAAAGGAAAUAAUAACAAUUUACUUCUUCCGAAAAUUGAGACUAACGUAUUAAACUGUUCUAAUGGUGGAGAAAUUAAUAUUUUUUCAAAUUCGGUGUUUUAUUCUGAAAGUGCUUGGUUUGAUAAUGUUACAAUAAAUUUAUUCUUAAGAACUAUUAAAAACUUUCCUUUAAUUUUUACAUACAAUGUAACUUCACUUAAUAAUGUCAAUCCAAAUGCAACCGACUUCGAUUUGUUUUACUCGGAAACGCCAUAUACUGGAACACUUCCUAAUAACACACAAUUGUUGUUAAAUGGUAAAUUGCUGAGAUAUGGAAGCUCAAAAAAGAUAUUUUGCCACUUGUACAAUUUUGAUUUGACAACACAAAAAAUGAUGUUCUUUGAGUCUUAUUGUCCAUGUGAAGACACAGAAGACUGGUACAUCACUCCUUUUGAUAACGUCACUGCUUUUGCAAUUGAAUCUCACAAACAAAAGACUACAAAAAAUGAAAUUCAAGAAGAUGACGAAUUUUCAAGUGAAAGUGCGACAAUUGGAAACAAUAAAAUUUCUUUUUACAGCGCAAACGAUGUUACUGUUGUUGGAAUUAAGUCAAGUGAAGUUGUAAGUGCUGAAUUGAAAUUGCUCACAAAGAAAGUACUUUUCGUAGCAGAAACCAAAAUAAGUUACAACGAGUUUGUUUGCAAUGCCGCAUAUAACACAGAAAGUGUUUUUCAAUGUGUUUCUGGAGUUGAAUGUCCUACGGGAUAUUACAACACAACAACAAAGAAGUGUGAACCGUGUGAAGAUAUUAUAUGUAUUUCAUGUGGUACUCAACCAAAUACAUGCAUUCAUUGUAAACCAAAUUAUAUAUUGUCUGAUGGAAAAUGUGAAGAAAUCACAAAUUGUGUGUCAUAUGGUCCAAAUCGGUGCAAAAGAUGUUCUUCGGGUUUUGUGUUGAAAGGAGCAACUUGUGUAAAAGGUGAAAAUUGUCUUCUCACAAAAGGAGAUGGAAAAUGUGCGAUAUGUAAUAUAACCAAUGGAUAUAUGUUGAAAAAAGGUGAAUGUGUCACUGUAGACGAAAACAACGAUACCAUAAAUAGCAAUAACAUACUUUCGUGUUUUAACGGGUACACAUACAAUUCUACAAUGUGUGUGAAAUGUGAUGAAAUAGAUCCAAAUGCUGAAUAUUGUGAAAAUGGUAAAUCGACGAAGUGUGCUGCAAAAAGUGAAAUGACAAUAAAUGGAAAAUGUGAGAAAAUCAGUUGUGAAAUACCAAAUGAUGAGAAUGGAAGAUGUGAAAAUGACAUAUUGAAAUGCUCAUAUCUGUUAAAUAAGCAAUGUGUCGAAUGUGAAAUUGGGAAAUUUCUAACUAACAACAUGUGUGUUGAAAAAGCGGAAAACAACUGCGUUCUUCAAAAUGGAUUAACAUGUAAACGGUGUGAUGACUCGUAUUACUUUGACAACGACACACAAAGAUGCGAGAAGUGUAAUGAUAAUUGUUUAACAUGUUUUGAAACACCAACAAAAUGUAUAAGUUGUGGUAAUGACACUUUUAUGUCCAAUUAUAAAUGCGACUCAAAUGAAGAGUUAAAACAGAAAUGUGACCAAAUUGCAAGUGUUACAAGCGGUUGUGUCAUAUGCAAAAAUGGGUAUUAUAAAACUGGACUGAAUUGUUUUGAAUGUGCUGAAAGAUGCUCAACGUGUAACAAUGAAAAUAGUUGUCUCACCUGCAACACCAAUUAUUAUAAGACAAACAACGGCGACUGUCUACCUAAAAGCAACAUCAUUGGAUGUGGCGUUGAGGUGACACAAAGUGGGUGUUCAAAGUGUGGCGAUGGGUAUUUCCAAGUCAACACAAACGAAUGUCAGAAGUGCGACUCAAGUUGUUUAACAUGCAAUUUAUACAGUACUAAAUGCACUUUAUGUGACUCUUCACUUGUUUUGCUGUCAAACGGAAGUUGUGUUGGUCUCUUUAACAUAGCAGAAUGUAAUAAAAUUAAAAAUUCGAAGUGUGUGAAGUGUUCAUUUUGGAACACCCCAAAUGACGAUGGGACGUUGUGUGAGUCACAUGUUGUGUGGUGGGUCAUACUUCUUGGUGUUAUUUUUGUUAUUAUUGUUUUAAUAAUAAUAACAAUUUUAAUUGUGUUUAUAACAAAAAUAGUGUUGGACAGAAAACACCAAAAAGAUACAGAAAAGACAACAACAUUGUUUAAAAUGGACAGGUCAAAUAUUCAUUUCGUCUCAAUUACAAAAGGCAUUUGUGUAUCUUCUGAAUUAGUUGACUUUAAUAUUGAAUCGAGCAAUAUACCAGUGAAUGAAGAAAGCAAAGCAUUAAUAUGUGUUGGUAAUGAACUCAAAAAUGUCAUCAAAGUCCAGUUCACAAUAUUAACAAACAUUGACAAAUUUAUUUUUAAAGUCGAACCAGAAGUCGUUUUAAUAAAAAGGGGGCGUGCUUGCGAAUUUUCACUUUAUUUAACACCACUUUGCACCUGUAAAAUCACCACAACAAUUCAAAUUAUCUCAAAAAAUCUGAAAACCGAAGAAGAAAAUUAUAACACAAUAACAAUCAACGCUGUAACUUCUCAAUCGACACGAAUUGAUUAUGACGAGUUGGUUGAAGAAAACAAGCUUGGUGAGGGGUCUUUUGGUAUUGUGUACAAAGGAAUGUACAGAGGAAAUGUUGUUGCAAUUAAAAAGAUGAAACAAAUUAAUAAUUCGGAUGAAGAAAAAUUAAUUGAUGAAUUCGAAAAGGAAGUGCAAAUGUUAGACAAGUUUAGGUGUGAUUACAUUGUCCAUUUCUAUGGUGCUGUUUUUAUACCAAACAAGAUGUGUAUGGUGACUGAAUUUGCACAAUUUGGGAGUUUACAAGACUUAAUUAAACAUAAAACAAAAGAAGAAAUUGAAACUAAGUUACGAGUCAAAAUGUUACUUGAUGCAGCUAAAGGUAUUUCAUAUUUGCAUGAGAAUGGGAUAUUACACAGAGACAUCAAGCCAGACAACAUUCUUGUGUUAUCACUUGAUGUGAAUGAAAAGGUGAAUGCAAAAUUGACAGACUUUGGAAGUGCAAGAAACGUCAAUCUACUGAUGACUAACAUGACUUUCACCAAAGGUAUAGGCACUCCAAAGUAUAUGGCACCCGAGGUGUUGGACAGAAAGAAAUACAAGAAACCUGCUGAUAUAUAUUCAUUUGCAAUGACUAUGUAUGAGGUGUUACAAUGGGAUUUCGUGUUUAAAAACGACGAUGAGAGGUUUCUACAUGUUUGGGAUAUCGCAGAUUUUAUUUCAACUGGUAAAAGAUUAGAAAGACCACAAAAUAUCUCAAUAAAAGAGUUUGACAUCAUUCAAAAUGCUUGGGAACAAGACAUCAAAGAAAGAAUACCGAUUGAAAAAGUUAUUGAAAACCUGGAAGAAUUGAAUCAUUGA